AAGUCAUCCAACUCUCGUAAUUCAUAUUCCAUAGCUGUCUUCUCCUGACAUUGUGUGUGUUUAGUAGGAAUGGAGAAGUCGAAGAAACUGCUGAUACUAUACGCAACUCAAACGGGGAACGCAUUGGAUGUGGCCGAGCGUCUUGCUCGAGAAGCGGAGCGACGAGCCUGCAGCGUCGUGAUUCGUUCAACCGAUGAAUAUGAUGCUAGCUCGUUGCCUGCAGAGGACACUGUAAUUUUUGUUGUUUCUACCACAGGCCAGGGGGAUCCUCCAGAUUCAAUGAAGGUAUUUUGGAGGUUUCUUCUGCAAAGAAAUCUUGGCAGCCAUUGGUUGGAAGGAGUUCAUUAUGCGGUGUUUGGAUUAGGUGAUUCUGGGUACCAGAAAUAUAACUUUGUUGCAAAGAAGCUUGAUAAAAGACUUUCAGACCUUGGGGCUACAGCUGUUAUUGAGAGAGGUUUGGGAGAUGAUCAGCAUCCUUCAGGGUAUGAAGCUGCUUUGGAUCCUUGGAUGUCAUCAUUGUGGAGUGGGUUAAAUGAGAUCAAACCCGAUUUCUUUCCUGAAGGUCCAAAUUUCUUGGUUCCGGUUGAAGAAUUAAUUGGCCAACCAAAAUUUCAAGUCACUUAUCAUAACAUAGACAACAUGGAUUCCCAAUUAUCAACUGCAACAGAUUUUAAAUACCUUCAGAUGCAAAUUGGGAGUGCUCGCUCAAUGUUCUCUGGAAAAGUUCCUCAUGAAAAGAGCAAGCCUGAUACCUUUCUUAAAAUGGUGAAAAAUUGCCCAUUGACUAGAGUGAGCCAUGAAAAAGAUGUGCGUCACUUUGAGUUUGAAUUUGUUUCUCAGGUAAUUCAGUAUGAAGUUGGCGAUGUUCUAGAGGUUCUCCCUUCACAGAAUCCUGCAGCAGUUGAUACUUUCAUAGAGCGCUGUAACUUGGAUCCUGAAUCAUUCAUAACAGUCCAUCCUAGAGAAAUGGAAAAUCACCAUCUUGAUAACAGGUUAACUCCUCUGGAUGUACCCAUUAAAUUAAGAACUUUUGUGGAACUGACGAUGGAUGUUGCAUCUGCUUCCCCCAGGCGCUAUUUCUUUGAGGUUAUGAGCUUCUUUGCGACUGCUGAACAUGAGAAAGAAAGACUUCAGUAUUUUGUUUCACCUGAAGGAAGAGAUGAUCUUUAUCAGUACAACCAGAAGGAAAGACGAACCGUUCUGGAGGUAUUGGAGGAUUUCCCUUCUGUGAAAAUGCCAUUUGAAUGGUUGGUGCAAUUGGUUCCACCACUGAAAAACAGGGCUUUCUCCAUUUCCUCUUCCCCUUUGGCUCACCCAAAUCAAGUGCAUUUGACUGUGGAUGUUGUCUCAUGGACAACACCUUUCAAGCGGAAAAGGAGGGGCCUUUGCUCGACAUGGCUAGCCAGUCUCGAUCCCGAACAAAGGAUUCACAUUCCAGUAUGGUUUCAUAAAGGUUUGCUGCCUCCCCCACCACAUUCACUUCCCCUCAUUCUCAUUGGACCCGGAACCGGUUGUGCACCUUUUCGCGGAUUUGUGGAGGAAAGAGCUGUACAGAGUCAAUCUAGUAUAAUUGCUCCAACUCUUUUCUUCUUUGGUUGCCGAAACAAGGAUAAUGACUUUCUAUAUAGAGAUUUGUGGUUGUCUCGUUCACAAAACGAUGGGGUGCUUUCAGAAGCCAAGGGUGGUGGGUUUUAUGCCGCCUUCUCGAGGGAUCAACCUCAGAAGGUUUACGUGCAACAUAAAAUGCGGGAACAAAGCGAAAGGAUUUGGAAUUUGCUAUGUGAGGGAGCAGCCAUCUAUGUUGCAGGGUCUUCAACAAAGAUGCCAUCAGAUGUCAUGGUAGCCUUGGAGGAGAUUAUAUCAAAGGAAAGUGGGACUCCGAGAGAAUCGGUGGCGAGAUGGCUUAGGUCUUUAGAAAAGGCCGGUAAAUAUCAUGUUGAAGCUUGGUCUUGAGGACCCCCAGCCCUGCUCAAGUUCAUCAUGCUGCGAACGAAGAGAUCAAAAUUGACUGUGGUGAGGCAAUAUGGAACCAUAUAAAAGCAGCAAUUUUAUUUGCAUAUUACUGUGCCUGUUAUUUAUUGUACGUCUGGAUACGGUUGAUCGGGAAAACGGAACUAUACAGAAUACCAGUACUAUUAGUGAGGUUACCUAAUAAACCCAGUUUGAAACUCUGAAUGUUUGCCAUUUUUAGGAGGUUAUAGGAUAGUGAUAAAUGUUUGAACAAGGAUAAGGGUAAGGAUGAAGGUUUAUUG